AUGUCAAAGAAAUUUGAUCGUUUUCUCGAACAAGCCACCGAUAGCACCUUAAUAGAACCGAAUUGGGAUGGAAUUAUAGCAUGCACUGAUUCAAUUCGUUCCGGAGAAGUCAGCGCAAAAGUUGCUCUUCAAUCACUGCGAAAGCGCAUUCAACAUGAAAACCCGCACGUGGUUUCUCAUGCUCUUCUAGUCUUAGACGCUUGUGUCAAAAAUUGUGGCCAUAAAAUGCACUUGGAAAUUUCUACUCGGGAAUUUAUGGAGGAUUUCAAAAAUCUUGUCACCGAGAGCAAAUAUGACGAGGUAAAAAAUAAGGCGUUGGAGAUGCUUCAAUGCUGGGCGACGGCGUUUGCCAACAAACCCGAAUAUAAAAUGGUUGUCGAUACGCAUAAUCUUAUGAAGCUUGCCGGCUUCGAUUUUCCGUCGCUGAAAGAAGCUGACGCGAUGUUCAUGGCCCAAGUCGCACCGGAAUGGCAGGAUGGAAACGAAUGCUACCGGUGUCGAACCGUGUUCUCAAUGUUCACGAGAAAACACCAUUGUCGCAAUUGUGGACAGAUUUUCUGCGACAAAUGCAGCUCCCGAGAAAUGCCGUUGCCCCAGUUUGGAAUCGAUAAAGAGGUUCGUGUCUGCGAGACAUGCUUCGAAACCAAAGUCGACGAGCUUGUGAAACGAGAAAAGAACAUUUAUCACAAAGAGAUGAAUAAGCUCAAAUAUGGAAAGAAGCCAGCUGGCGCGACAUCUGCCGAGCCGUCGCCCGAAGAAAAAGAAAAGAUUCUUCGAGAGAAAGAAGAAGAGGAUUUGGCGUUGGCGAUUGCCAUGAGCCAGAGUGAGGCCGAGGCGAAAGAGCGCGAAAAAUUAUCGGUGUUCCAAUUCAAUGGAGCCGAAGCGUCAACGAAUGAUUCGCUAUCAUCAUAUCAUGAGAGCUCGAUUGGAGGCUACAAAGGAGCGGCGCCGAGUGUUCCCGAAUCGCCAUCGGAACCCGUUGAGGAUCCGCUCGCCAAAUAUUUGAAUCGAGACUACUGGCAAAAGAAGAAGGAGGGGAAAGUUGAUGAAUGGGCGACUUCUGCGGCGAAUGGAGGACUCGGAGCUAGUGCUCCGCCGCCAAGCGAGCCAUCAUUGGCUCCAUCGGUUUGCUCAACAUUAAUGGCACCUGACGACUCGUCUCUCAAUGCGGAUCUCGCCGCAAUGAGCAUCGGCAACGGUAUUGUCAGCGGCACGGAAGAAUCGAAAAAGCAGGCUGAUGACACGUUGAAAUGGUGCCAAUCGAUCAAGGAGCAGGUGUCCGUCAUGGACAAUCGCAUUCGUUCGAAUUUGGCACGUGGUCGGCCGGUGUUCAAUGAUUCCGCAAUUCAAGACCUGUUCACCCGUCUCACCGAACUUCAUUCUCACGUUUUGAGUAGAAUGCAUACCCUUGAUGAGCAGCGAUCCUACUACGAAUCGCUUCAAGACCAACUAGCUAGCAUUGGUGAAGCUCGUCAGGCGAUCAAUGAGCUUCGUGAAGAGCAUGAGAGGAAGCGGCAGGAGAGAAUGGCUGAAGAGCAACGUCUCAGACAGGCUCAAAUGCAGCAGACUCUCGAGAUGAUGAGAAUGAAGAAGCAUGCAAUGCUCAUGGAGCAACGCGAGCAGGCUCUUCAACGAUUCCAGCAGCAGCAACAAGAAAUGGCGAUGAGAAGGCAGCAGCAACAACAAUAUUAUGCGAAUCCACAACAGGUGGCCUAUCAGCCCCCGACACCGCAACAGUAUACGCCGUAUCAACAACCGGCGGCGACGACUGCGUAUGCGCCUCAAGCGCAGCCUUACUAUCCGGCAGCUCCGGUUGAUCAAAGUCAAAUGUAUUAUCAGCAAGCUGGCCAGCCGGCGUACCCUUAUCAGGCACCCGGGCCGCAAGCUGCUCCAUCUCAGCAGCCUUACUAUGAUUAUCAAGCGUAUCAACAACAACAGAAGCAGCAACAACAAGCUUAUCAGCAGCCUCAGAUGCAUGCUCAGCAGCCGGGUUAUCCGCCAGCUGAUAAUCGACAACCUUAUACUCCCCAACAAACGCAUGAAAUAAAAAUGGAAGCGGCGAGCAAUUAUUCGUCGCCGGCACCUCACCAACUCCAUCAUUCCCAACAGCUGCCACAACAACCCCACUAUGGCGAUGUUCAUCAAAGUGUCCAGCCUCAUGAGGAAGCCGCUGAGCAGCCCCUUAUUUCAUUUGACUGA